UUUCCCUCUUUUCCCCUUCCCUCCCGAAAAAGCUUCAACCAAGCCCUAGACUGUACUCAGAGACUCUUCGUUGCCACCAAUUACGUUUUCGGUUUUACUUCCAUUUUCGUACCUUUGAAGCUUUUCUCGCUGGAGAAUAUGGAUUGGAGGGAAAUCAAUGGCGCUUCCUCCGCCGCGAGAUCGGCGUCUCUUCUUCCUCAGCCAAACUACAGUAGCAAAGCUGUCCAGGAAGCCUUGAAACAUCUUGCAUCUAUCAACCUUAGAGAGUUGUGUAAUGAGGCGAAGGUUGAGCGGUGUCGUGCUACCAGAGACUUGGCAAGCUGUGGACGUUUCGUGCACUAUGUGUUAAACUCAUGCGGACAUGCCUCCUUGUGUACAGAGUGUUGUCAAAGGUGUGAUGUAUGUCCAAUUUGUAGAAGCCCGAUAGCAAAAUCUGGAAAUAGACUUCGGCUGCGCCUCUACUAUGAGUGUGUAGAGGCUGGUCUAAUUUCCAAAACAUCUGAAGAGAUGUCACAAGAUUCAGACGAAGAGGAAUAUCAAUUGAGAGCUGAUGUUCAUCGCCUUUAUUCAUUUUUCGAUGUUGCGAUGGACAACAGUUUGAUAUCUGUGGUUUGUCAUUAUAUCACAGAUGUUUGUAUGGAUGAGACAGCAGUAUCUAGCGAUCCAGUCAUUGCUUUCUUGCUGGAUGAAGUUGUCGUCAAAGAUUGGGUCAAGCGUACAUUCAGGAAUAUCUUGGUAGAGCUUCGAGGAAUAUAUAAUCUUGAACUAGAAGAGAUGCAAGCGAGGUUGGAUAAACUCCUGAAGUUUUUGAAACAGCUGUCUGGCUUGUUUAGUGUGCUUGAAGUUUUGGAAUCAGCUUUUAAGGGUUCUGUUUCAGCACAGCUGGAAGACCUGGAACAGCUUAGAGAUCUCAUACUAAACACAAAGCAGCAUCUGGAUGUAAUGGUUUGGUGCAUAAGACACAAAUUUCUGAAUAAUGUGAAGUCUCGAUAUUCUAAUUUCACGACAUGGCAUUCUCUUGUACGCGAAAGGAAAUCAGCUGCAAUUAGGCGGGCGUGGCCUGAUGUUGUAGAUCAGAAUUCAGUUCUCAAUGGACAGGGUGGUUCCCUCUUUAUUGAGGAUGCUUUAGAAAAUCUUGAGAGAGAGCCAGAGUACAGUCAGGAAGUUGAGACAGAUCUAGAUGUUGGAUGUCUGCAGAAGGAUGAUAGGCUGUUUCUUAGGUCAAAGAUAGAAGGAAAGUCGGGAUGUUUUCCGUUUGAAAAUCUCAGAACUGCCACUGACUUACUCUUUUUACAUGGAAGUUCGGAUCUGGUGGUUGCGAAGCAAGCGAUUUUUCUGUACUACCUGUUUGAUCGGCAUUGGACUACCCCUGAAGAAAAUUGGAAGCACGUUAUAGAUGAUUUUGCAGCUACUUUUGGCAUUACCAGGCAUUCAUUGCUGGAGUCAUUUGUAUUUUAUCUUCUCGAUGAUCACACAGAUGAGGCACUUCAGGAAGCAUGUAGGAUUCUUCCUGAAAUAUGUGGUCCGGAGACAUACCCUAAGGUUGCGCGAGUUCUAUUAGAAAGACAAAAUCCUGAGACAGCUCUUAUGGUUCUGCGUUGGUCCGGUCGUGAUGGUGGAUCAGAGUUGGUCUCAGUUGGUGAAGCUGUCACGGCUGUUCGUGUGAGAGUGGAGUGUGGUCUUCUGAGUGAAGCCUUCAUGUACCAAAGGACACUUUGCUUGAAAGUAAAGGAAAACAAACUGAAAUGGAUCAAAGACAUGUCGGAUGAUACUGACAGCUGGAGUUGGACUGAAUGGAUGGAAGUGCUUGUCACUGAGUUCUGCUGUCUUUGUAUCCGGAGGAACUUGGUUGAUCGGAUCAUUGAGUUGCCGUGGAAUUCUGCAGAAGAGAAGUGUCUUUAUAGAUGCCUACUAGAUUCUGCAACUGAUGACCCUUCAUCAACUGCAGGAAGUCUACUGGUCAUCUUUUAUCUUCAGCGUUACCGUUACAUCAAGGCGUACCAAGUCGAUCUCACUCUUCAGAAAAUGGAGGAGGCUUUUAUAUCCGAAAACUCUGUCAGUGAAGAAGUUAUAUCAAGAAUGAGAUCGCAGAGUCACUGGAGAACAGAGUUAGUUGACAAAGCGAUAGAUCUACUGCCAGUAAUUCAACAACAGCAAGUUAGGUCUGGACAGUUUCCUGAAACAGAAGUUGCAUCUGAUGUUGCUGCUGAAGCAAUGAGAAACUCUGUUGGCCCCAAUACCCAACAGGCUGAUAUUACUGAUUCUUUCGCUCCUUCGGCCACCGAUUCAGUACUUUUCCAACGGGUUAAUGAUACUGAAACUGCAGAGCAAUCUGUUUACGAGAGUCCUUUCCAGUCGGGUCAAAUCAUCAAAAACCCUUCCCUUGAUCUUCGUCAAAGCCCGUCUAUUUUCCAUGAAAGGUUAUUUUCGAGCUCAGGGAAAGGACAGAAGAGUGAAGCUACCAGUAUAAGCAAGAUGUCGAACUCCACUCUGUUCAAAGAUUUGAACCGGAGUGCGUCAAAACCUCGCGGAAAAAGCUAUCAAUGGGCCGACGAAACUUCUCAAGAAGUAAAUGCUGAUAGAUUCCCGACAAAUGGGAGCUCUCCUUAUCUCCGGCAAGCGACAUCAAACCCUGUAAUGACGACACCUAGCAGCAGCCGUUUUAGCAGAUCUGCUCAGAACUUGAAUUCCGAUGUUUCUGGUAAAGGGAUGCAAGUGGACAAUGAUUACUCCAUAGCAAUGGAUGAUCCCAUGGAUAUGUCUUCAAGCUAUAAGGAUAAUGUAUUGGCCACCGGGAAUGGAAACAGCAACGGUGGAAUAAGGUGGCGGUCCGAUGGAACAAGCGACGAGGACGAUGAACCGAGCAGAAGCAUUGGGUCGGCAAAGGCAAUGGCUACGAGUUCUGUGACGGGAAGAGGAAGGCCGAGACGUAGAUUCACCAGAAGAUGAGACUCAAACAACAGCAGCGAAUACUACUGGUUUUAUGGUGUUAUUGUUUGGUUUGGGAGAGAUCACAUCUUGGUGUCUAUGUUCUAUAAUAUAUUUUAGGGCUUUGGGCAUUUUACCCAAAACAAGAAAAAGAAAAAGAAAAAGACAAGUAAUAGGUGAAUUUGUGGGAGGGGCCUUAACAAAUAGCGAGAUUUGAAUUUUGGAUCAAUCAGAUGCGUGGAUACUUCUAGUGGAUUUUGGUCGAAGGUAAUCAACUUUA